AAUCGGUAGCAGGUCAGUUUUCCAUGUCGCACGUUCCUUAGUGUGUGCUGUCAUCUCAGAAAUCAGUGUCGGGCAUAACGUUGAUCGCUUGUUCGCGUCCCCUCGCCGUUUAUUGGCUACCGUUUGUCCGUCGUCAGUGUCGCCUUCUUCUGUCACAAUUUGUCAAGUAGUCAUACGUAACAGAAGCGUACCAGGGAAGCCAGUUCGUUCUAAAGAGUUUCUCGUUCGCGGUGUCCGUGUGCCGCUGUCACUCCUGUGACGGUUUUUUGGUGCGUGCGUUGCGGUAAAGCGGCGCCGGAGAGUAGAAGAAAACAUCGAACGUAGGAGCAGGCCAAGGAGCAUUUACAAUUGCUGGAAAAUUUCCUUGAGCGGACCACGGCUUGGCCUUGAGUUGAAUCCAGUUGCCAGUCGUGUCGUCCCGCUGCGCGGAGUGUUUUCUUGUGUGCCGUGUCAGUGUCGUCGCCGUCAGACGGUCAGAUCGUUGGGAGGAGAGGUUUUGGAGCGCUGGUUGUCGCCGAGACCCGUGUUUGUGCCGUUUUAGGAUAGUCGUCGGUUCGCCAUUUCACAGGAUAAGCAUAGUCAGUGACUCGUCGCCGUCGCAGUUGUGAAUUUUUUGUCCGAUUUUAGCUCAGCGUGCGACCGUGCUGCGGCCGCUCGUUCCGCGAUUCCUUGGCACUGGUCUGGUGUGUGUGUUUCCUGCCUGAACCGUGAGUUUCGUUUGUUUAGUGUUUUCGGUUGGUUCUCUGCACCCGCGGCGACGGAACGACCUCCCCCUUGUUGAGAGUUCGGAUGUGAGGUUCCAGGGAAAGCGUGUGUGCAGCAGGCGGCCAACGGUGAGCAGAAGGGGGGGCUUUGUACUAGCACGGAAACAGCUUGGUGUAGUCCACAGGCCUAGAGGUGUCACAGCAUCAGGCAUCCAGAAGAGGCGCAGGACAGUUGCCAGGAAUAGCUUGACAGUGUCACUGCUGUUGUGUGGUGUCGUUGACGUCGACACAUAGCUGUCGCGCAGACGGCAAGAAGAUCGUGAUUGUGUGCAAGAAUCUGGAGAGUUGAUCGCCAUCGACGGCCGGUAUUUUGUCAACGGGGCUUGGUUGGAUUGGUGUGUAGCUGAAUUUACCCUAACGACUUGUCGCUGUCGUCGCGCGCGCACGCUCUCCCUGGCUGCAACAGAAUCCCAGACGAGACAAUGUCGGACAUUUGCAGUGGCGACGAAGCAGCUUCCAGCCAAAAAUACAAUGUACAAGGAAUGGACGGAGGAGGAGGCGAUUUCGAUCUAGGUAAAGGCCAGCAAAGUCAACAGGCCGAGCAUGAGUUAGCAACAAAAAUGUUACAAAUUCAGUCGAAACGGUUUUAUUUAGAUGUUAAACAAAAUAGGAGAGGACGUUUUAUUAAAGUUGCUGAGAUUGGUGCCGAUGGUCGUCGCAGCCAAAUAUAUUUAGCUUUGUCAACAGCGGCUGAGUUUAGGGAUCACUUAUCUACAUUUAGUGAUUACUAUGCAUCAUUAGGUCCACCAAAUUCAGAUAAUGUCCCUGAAGAUGGUAAACUCAAGUCGGAGUUAAUGAUGAAGGAUAAUCGGAGAUAUUACUUAGAUUUGAAAGAAAAUGCAAGGGGACGAUUUUUGAGAGUAUCCCAGACAAUUACACGGGGUGGACCUAGAUCACAAAUUGCUAUACCAGCUCAGGGUAUGAUUGAAUUUCGAGAUGCUCUUACUGACCUAUUAGAAGAAUUUGGUACGAGUGAUGGCGGAUUCAAAGGUGAAUUACCGGAAGAGCGUCAUAUGAAAGUUGAUAAUAAAAAUUUUUACUUCGAUAUCGGACAAAAUAAUCGAGGCAUCUACAUGCGGAUAAGUGAGGUGAAAAGUAAUUUCCGUACAGCAAUAACAGUGCCGGAAAAAUGCUGGACAAGAUUCCGUGAUAUAUUAACUGACUAUUGCGAGAAAAUGAAAAAAUCGUCCGAAUCAUCAAUCACUGCCGAAAAUAAUUUACAAACAUCAUCUAAUAAUUUAAAGUAAAAACUAAAUAGAAAAAAAAAACACGACGAAAUAAUUUUUAAAAUUCAAUAAAACAAAAAAAGAUCUAACAGAUAUUAAAAUGAUAAUAAAAUAGGUAAACAAAAGAAAGGGAGAUCCUUUUAGUAAUGUAAACGAAAUAUUGAAAAUAAUAACAUUGGUAAAAGAAAAUCAGUUUUUUUUCUCCGCCCGACAAGAAAAGAACAAUGCCUCGUGGGGAAAGAGAACUAAUACACAUAGACACACGGAAAAUUACCACAUUAAAUUCUAAUUAUAUUAAAUAAUUAUUAUUCAAGUUAAACAGAGAUUAUUAGGAGCAGAAACCACGAAACAAAACAAGUUAGAUACAAGUAAAGUAGUUGUUUAAUGAAAAAAAAGAAAAGAUCUUAUUUACAGAAAACAAAACAGACAAAAAAAAGAAAUGGAGAACAUAAUAUGAGCCGAUAAGAGAUGAAAAUUAUUUAUUUAGUAAAAGUGAAGAAACAAUUAAGUAAAAUGAGGAAAAUUUAGAUGACUAGAUAAAAUCUGUUUUAUGUAAUUGAGAAUAUACAUAUUUAAAAAACAAAAUGAUGUAGAUUAAUAAAAAUAUAAUCUAAAACAAGAAGAAACAAAGGCGGAGAUUUCCCAGGCAACCGACAAAAAAAAAAUACAAAAAUAAUAACAAAA